AUUCUCUUAUCCUUCUCCUCCCCGUCGACAGAGCGCGGGCGAGGAAUUCUAAUCUCCGGCGACGCCAAUUCCAACACCAUCCUCUACACCAACGGCCGCUCCGUCAUCAUUAGGUACCUCGACCAGCCCCUCAAAGUCGAUGUCUACGGUGAGCACAGCUACCCUGUCACCGUCGCUCGCUACUCCCCCAACGACGAGUGGAUUACAUCCGCCGACACUUCCGAAACCGUAAGGAUCUGGGGUGUCCACAACAGCUUCGUCCUCCACAACGAGUUUGGCAUCCUCUCCGGCCGAAUCGACGAUAUGCAAUGGUCCCCUGAUCAACUGAGAAUCGUUGUCUCUGGGGACGGUAAGGGAAAAUCCUUCGUACGUGCUUUCGUGUGGGAUUCAGGUCGCACCGUGGGGGAAUUCGACGGAAAUUCGAAGCGAGUGUUGAGCUGUGCGUUCAAGCCGACGCGGCCGUUCCGGAUUGUUAGCUGCGGAGAGGAUUUCAUUGUGAAUUUCUACGAAGGCCCUCCAUUUAAGUUCCUGCACUCUCACAGGCAGCAUUCCAACUUUGUGAAUUGCGUCAGGUUUUCACCAGAUGGAAGCAAGUGCAUUACCGUGAGCUCUGUCAAGAAAGGGUUGAUCUACAAUGGCAAGACUGGUGAAAUCAUUGGAGAAUUGUCCCAUGAAGAUGCUCAUACGGGCAGCAUAUACGCCGUUAGUUGGAGCCCAGAUAGUAAGCGGGUCCAAACCACAAUUUACUGACCAAGUUUUCACUGAACUUGAUCCGAUGAGUAAAGAACAAGGAGUCUCCUCUCAUCCAUCUCCAGUGAAUGUGUCCUAUCUCAGUGAAGGAAAACCCAGGGCAUGGAUCGAUGGAGGGGCCGUGACAUGAACUUUAUGAAUGGUUAGAAAGAAGAAGAUUCUGCUGAGUACCUAGGGUAAUCUCUUCUUCUUGGUCUAUGCAGCUUAGUAUCAUCCUUGACCAACCAAUUAACGACUGGGAAUAUGGUUUAGUGGCAAGGGAUAUUAAUGGAGAUUUCUUCCUAUAGAGUUUAUAGCAACUUAUGAGUUUUCUUUUUGCAAUAAUUUGGGUUAAGUGGUUAACUGACUACUCUUUCAUGUUUAU